UCUAAAAAAAAAAUGCUCUCAAAGAGCUUAGCAAUGAGUCCAUGAUAGUGAUCAGUAGGGGUGUUCAAAUGGUUACCAUGGUUAUAACCAAACCAAAUAAGGCUAAAUUCCAUUAACCAUGGAAUACAAUAUCAUAAUCAAACCGUCCAAACUAGUACAACAACCAAAUUAACCAAACUAAAGUUUAAUUGGUUUGGUUAAUUGGUUAACCAGAUUAACCAAUAUAAAAUCACAUUAUCAUUGAUGAUGAAAAUUUUCUGGUUAAUGCAACAAUUCACAAUUUAUAUAAUGAAUAAAACAUAACAAUCAACACAUAGUUAUAGUUGACCCUUAACAAAAAUACAUGCAACUAAGACAAUUAUCUUACGAUUAGUAUAGAAGUAUUCACCUAACAAAAAUUUAUGACAAUGGUAUGGGUUAAUGAAUUGUUGUGUUUGGGUAAAUUGACUUAGUCUCUUAGCAAUUAUCAUAGGCUGGAAAUGACCUUCCUUUCAAGUUUUCAUACAUCAUAAUGUAUGAAAUUUAUCCAAAUUAGGCGUCCAUGACCAUAUGUUGUGGUCUACACUUUAUAUAUACAAAUAUACACUAUAUGAGCAAUAUUGAGCUUUAUAUUUUAUACGAGUCUAAAAGGGAUGAAUGUUAACUCUUGAGUUGUUAUGCAAAGUAUUAAGUAUGUGUAUAUAAUAUAUGUUAGAUAUAUGACUAAUUAAUUAACUGGUUAAUUUGGUUUGACUGGUUAGGAGUGUCUGAAACCAAACCAAACCACCUAAACCAAACAAGCUAAAAACUUUAACCAAACCAAACCAAUUAUCCAAAUUAACCAAACCAAAUUAUCCAAAUAGUACCGGUUAAAACGGUUACCACGGUAACCAAACCAUUUGAACACCCCUAGUGAUCAGAUUGAUCCUUUUUCUUGAUGAUGUUCGGAGUUAAAGUUGAAUCAAGGUUGAGCUCAACCCUUCUUUAACAAGCUGCCAAGCCAUUUCCAAUUCUUUUGCAGCUCCUUUCAAUUAAGCCUGAGUGAUGGCACUUCUUCCAAGAUUGCUAGGAAAUGCGUCCCUCCCCCAAGCAUCUUCCUAGAUGAUCCCUUAUUAGACCAACAACGGCAGCUUGUCCAGAGGGUUGAUCACAGACCCGUCAGUUUGAACUUGUAUCCAACCUUCUCGUGUGGGUCUCUUAGGGCCAGUAAACCCCAAGUCAACGAGGUCAUUCUCAUCUAAACAUUUGCUAAAGUCUUUCACCUCGUCAAAGUUGAAUGGGGAACCCCCUUGCUUCUCGGAGGACUUCGAAAUGACGUUGAAAUCUCCUAAUAGGAUCCAGGGGAUCUUUGUACCUCUUCAAAUCCUUCCAAUUGACUCCCAUAGCUCCCCUAUAUUGUGCACAUUUGGGCUGGCAUAAAUUGCCAUCAAUUGACAUAUCUCUUUGUCCGCCUUCUAGCAUUGAGGUUGCUAAACUGCCUUUGACAGUCCAAAAGCUCGAAGCUCAUCUUAUCCUCAUUCCAUAAAACCGAAAUACCUCCACUGAAACCUACGGCAACUGACACUUUCCAUGAAUCAAAGCCUAGUGACCAGUGCAGUCAAAAUAGCACAUUAAAACGUAAAAACUUACGUUUUUACAUAUCUAGAUAACAAAAAUUAUUCAGUUCUACCUAAAGUUGCUUGGACACAAAAAAAAAAUUGAGUAAACCAUGGGGGAAAUCGGUAAAUUGCAUAAAAUAGGUAAAAUCGUGAUUCUAAUGAAUUUUUAUCCGAUUUUGACCAUCCUUUAAAAAUGCACUAAUUUGCCCAAAAACGAUGCCAUUUUGGAGAUUGAUUCGAGCAUAAUUACAAAUAUUUUAUCCUUCAUUUCUUGAUCGUUUGACUUGGUAAUCGUCGUCCCUCGACCUAUUUCACGCUAAGUUUGUGUUCAUUUAAAAAAUAUUUCAGUAACCUAACACAUGUGGAAAGGGCGAGGACAAGUUUCAGGACGUAUGCAGGUCGAAAAAAGCCAAAGUAUGAUGAAAGUGAAAAGAUCACGGGAUGGGAGAAAAUAUCACGGUCACAGCCCGUGAACAUUGAUCGUAGGUCGUGAAUUGCUAAGGAAAAGGAGGCUUCGGAUGGAUCGCAGGCGGAGUCAAGAUCGCGGUCUCAAGACCAUGACAUUUACUAGCGGACUGUCAAGGAUUUAACCCUAGAAGAAGAAGAUCUUGAGCUAUUUUGUAAUCUCUCUCUUCUCUCUAUGUAUUAGACCUUUUUUCUUUGGUAGUGAACCCUAGGUCUAGAUUUUGGUUUGAUGAUGAUGUAUGUAAUAGAUUCUAUGUUUGAUUGAUGAUUUAAUCUAUUUGAUGGAUGGUUUUGAUGAACUGCAUAAUUUUGGAUUCCACUUCAUGUCAAUUGAGCUUUUUACCUAUGAGGGAGAUAAUCCGCUUAUAGCACAUUAUUGGUGUCUUAGGGUCACUCUUAUCAUAUGUCAUCUGGGUAAUCCCCGGCGGAGUUGAUUCGAUCUAUCUCGUAACGAUAUAGGGUUUCCCUAGGUUGAAUGGAGUGCCUACCCAUCCAUCACUUCGUCGUUCCGGGUCAAGCCCGAGUAAGUCAAUCUCCUAACGAUAGGAUAGUGAGUAAAUCGAGCUAGAAUAGUACUCAACAUCGAUCCAAAUGACGGAACUAGGGAGAUUCAAGCUAAGGGAGCUCCGCCACUUGUAAUUAGCUAGGGUAGUGGUUAGAUUAUUGUAGAUAGGUUAGUUUCUUAAUCACUAUCCUAGGUUGGCUGGAUAACGAAAACUCAAGCCAAAGUAAGGUACGCGUAGGAGACCCAUGCUUCUAUAUGUUUAUUGUUUACUUACCCUAUGCUACAUCCGGUCGUCGGUUAUGCUUGACCGUUGAUUGAGAUGUGCAGUUAGAGUCGAAUCAAGUUUUUGGCGCUGUUGCUGAGAAACAUUCUAGUAUAUCGGAAAAAGGCUUAGGUCGUUAGUUUAGCCAUUUUGUUUUUUGUUUUGUGUUUGUUGACCUACUCUUCGUCUUGAAGGGUGUUUUGUGUUUGUUUGAGUUUCUUUUUGUGUUUUUGUGUUUGUAGGUUGAAUCAUGGAUCUCAAUGACUUCUACAACAUGUGGGGUAUCCACAACCAUCCGAAUGGGGUACCCCGGAGCUUCAUGGAGUAAUCAAGAGGAUGGAAGCCAAAGAUUUGAGUUCUGUGAUCAACCUCCCUUCCAAGAAGAACAACCAUGCUCAUGGGGAUAUCAAGAAGAUUCCUCAUACAAAGAAGAUUUCCCUCCAUAACCCAAGGCGAAAUCCAAGUUGGAGUUGGCAAUGGAAGCCUUCAUGGGGAAUUCCUCAAGAGCAUGUGCCACUCUACAACAGGAGCCAAAGAGCAAAUUAGAGUUCAUGGUGGAGCGGUUUGCCCGAGGCACAAACAAAGGAUGCUCGAACUUGGAUCUCCCACAACCCAAAGUGAAGUUCAAAUUGGAACUUGUCAGGGAGAACUUUGAAAGAGCAUGCUCCAAGACGGAUUUCCAACCCAUCCAUCCUCCCGAUUUGACAUUACAAAAGAAGGUGGCACUAGCUUCUUUCACAAGUUUUGACUUCAAUUAGGAUGAUCAAUUAUUAUAAUAUUAAAAUGGGUGGGAAAGGAAAUGUGUUUCUGUUAUUAGUUUUGACUUCGAACAUUAAAUGGAUAAUUACAUAAUUGCAUAUUAAAUUUAGGACGAUAAAUAAUAAUUUUAAUACGACAAAUAACAAUUUCCAAUCUAAAUUGUUUCUCUAACUCUCCUCUCUCUCUCUUUCAUAUGGGCUGAAAUAGUAUCCAGUACCGAUUAACCAUCCUUCUUUCCGACAGAGUAUGUCUCUUCACGUACACAACUACACGUGAUUUAAAAGACAAAAGAAACCCUAAUACGAAGGUAUCUGAAAGGGAGAGAGAGACUGCUGUGGCUUCUUCCCCAAUUAGUGAAACACCACCAACCUUCUUUCCUUCCCUUCCCUUCUCCCAAACCCCAAUCCACAGAGUUCUGUACUGUUCUGUUAGCAAUACAUCCCUUUCCCCAAUUUCCCCCAUUCCUGACAAAGCAACCAGCUGAAAGAUUAACAAGCCCCAUAAGCAUUCCUCAUAAACGAAUCCCACAAGCAAUGCAAACGACAUUCUUCCACAUCUCGCAAGCAAUGAGGCCGAUAUAGCUAAUAGCUAGCUCCGUUUCCUCAAGAAGCCGCAUUCUUCCGCAGGAGGGAAACACAAACCCUCCAAGCUUCAACAACCUUCCCCAAUCCAUGGCAGAAUCUCCCAAAACCUCGUACUACGAAGAGAAUGUGGUCGCCACCAGCAGAAGGGAAAGGGCGUCCUACUCAUCCCCAUCCUCCGGCGCCGGCGCCACCACGAGCGUCCACGUCACCGCCCUCGACGGGCUGGUCAACGUCAACUCCCUCUUCACAAUCGCCGUCUUCGUGGGGCUCUCCUUCACGACCCCAGGCCAGCGCAGCCUCGAGAAUCGGACCUCCUGCGACGCCGGGAUCGAGGAGGCCAAGAAGCUUCUGGUGUUCGAGGUCGUCUCCUUCAGCUUCUUCCUCUUCUCCUCGCUGAUCGCGCAGGGUUUGAAGCUGGCCAUCAAUCUGCUCAACAGUAAAGACGUGGACGAGGCGUUCAAGGCCCACAUCAAUCUCAAGGUUCUGAGGUUCGGGAUGAUGGGCUCCGCGAUUGGAUCCGUGAUGGGAUGCAUUUUCCUGGUCCUGUCGAUGGUGAACGUGAUCGAGAUUCGGCUCGGGCUGCUGUCGUGUGGGAGUAAGAGCGCGAUUCAUGCGGUGGCGGCGCUGGUCUUGCUGGUUUCCUCUGCUCUCUUGUGUUAUAUCUCGACUGCUGUUUAUGCUUUCUUGCACUGAAAAUGAUGUGAUGAUGAAAAUUUGGAUGGAUGGAUGGAUGGGUUGAUAUGAUAUGAAAGGUAUGAAUUGGUUUUGAUGUGAGAGUUUGUUGCGUUGGUUGCGUGAAUUGAGAAAUCUGGCAGUCAUUAGACUAAGUUAGAGUAAUCAUCCGUCAUGGGAUAAGAACACGAGGGGAGGGGAGUAUUGGUGUUGCCUGUUGCGUGAGGCGUGAGGCGAUCGUGGUAGGAACUUUACAACAAAUGAAUUGUUGGGUUGUUUGAUGAGAUAUAUUUCUGUGUAGGAUUUGCAAUUUUGUCAUAGUCUUAUAUUUUGAGGAAUUUUGGCAAAAUAACGUGUUUAGGAAGGGUUUUUUAAAAUGAGAGAUUUUGUAUAUGGAAUUUCAAAAUCGGACAAGUGUGGGUUUUUAAAAUAGUUAAUUAGGAUCAGUUUUUUUUUCCUCCUAGAAUUAACCUUCUCUUUUCUUAUUUGGGUUUUCAAAAUAGUUAAUUAGCAGAUGCCAGGCAGAGACAAACCUAGCUCUGUUGGCCGAUUGCAAUGGAGACGCGGAAUCAUGGUGAAACGGUACGAUAAGAAAGUACGAAGAUGGAAACGAAGUUUUGAUUGAAGGGAACUCUUUAGUGCUACGAAAGCUAGAACCCUUUUCUCCCAACAAUUUUCCGUUCAUCUUGGCAACCACGUCGAGCUUCUAGCGUAUUGGUGGUAGCAACUGUCCCACCGGUAUCCAAAUUAAACAAGAAGAGGGAAUAUGUAGCAAGAUUUCGGUGACCCAAGAAACCCACAAGUCUGAGUUCUAGGACAUGAAGAAGAGAACAGACGGAAUUAGAAGCUUACGUGAACAAAAAUACCCAUAUCAUCCUAACAAUGGAAGACAAAUGAAAUCGAGCUGAUAACAGGAGUCACCACCUACGGGCACCUGAAAUCCUCGCCGAUCGUCUGGCGGCAAGGAAAAUCUAAACACCACCUACGGGCACCUGAAAUCCUCGCCGAUCGUCUGGCGGCAAGGAAAAUCUAAACAAAAAACUUAUGGAGAUGCAGGGGAUCGAACCCGCAUGCAAAGCGGGCGCUCUACCAUUUGAGCUACAUCCCCAAGUUUGUUCAGAAAUUGAAGUUAAUCAAUUUAUACUAAUUUAUAUGCCAGUGCGAACUUACAGAAAACUAGCUGUUCUUUUAUUGGCCAAAGGUGGUAGAAUUGUAUUCAUAACUAUAAUGUUUUUAUAAUUGUUACUAAAGCCAAUGGUGAAAAUAAUGCUGAACAAGAAGAUUAUCGCAGACUUUUCACAAUUUGAUUUAUAGAUCGAUCUAUCCUACUGCAUUUCCCACAACCAUUUGAAGAUGGAGAAGCGACCAAUGACCAAUCAGCAACGCCAACGACUGGGUAACCUACUGCAUCCUACAUUCGACAUGUUGGAAGAUCUGUUCUAGAGAAACCAGAGAACUUCCACACAAAAAAAAAAACUCUGCAGCCAUCCGCGCUGGUUGCACACAAAAUGAUCAGCACUAUUCUGGAAUGGCUUGCUGCUCACGGCAAGGUUAACAGAAACCAUGGCAUCAUUUGACUUCGGUCACUUUCUAAUCGUUCGUCGAUACGCUUAUAAGUAAUAAUAGUCUUUGAAUGAGGAGAUAAGAUCUUAUGGUCAGCAACCAGCAAGAACAGUUUCGACACAUCCGCAGAAAACUCAUAGCCUAAUAGAGAAAUGAAAGCAUUUUUGUAAA